AUGAUGUCUCCUAGCUGUCCUUUUCUUCUUUUGUCGCUGGUCGAACACAUCGGAAUAACACCGUCUUCUUCGGCCCGCAUGUCUACCACUACCUCAUCUGCGACGACACCCACACGAAUAUCGAUAGUCGACCAACUGUCUGCGGAUCGCAUAUCCUACCUAACCACUACAACAACGGGUCUCGUAGUCUGUCUAACAACGAUGAUAGCCUUGAUGUACCUGGUCGUCCUUUCAUGGGCGUACAGGGCUGCACAGAAGCGCCCUAGGCCGCUGAACAAGGUCUCUGGUGUGCGGCUGCAGAAGUAUGCUCCGAUCGUAUACGUAUUUCUUGUCCUGAGCAGUUUGUGCGAGGUAGCACUAUCGAGCUGGCUCGUACUCCAAUACCGUUUCAACGACAAUUACCCCAAGAUCAAGACCCGCACUGGUGCCCGUCUGCUCUUGUUCGCCUCUUCUUGGACCACACUAACAGCGGGCGUAUAUACACUUCUUUUCCUGCAUCCAACGUGGUCGAAGCACCCCAUAUCCUCCAUUGGCGCCCAGGCGAUUUGGGUGCUUAUAACCCUCAUCUUGUGGGCCGUUGGUGCGGGUAUCAUCAACGCCUCCGUGCCUCUCGUCCUGGAGAAGGGGAUGUGCGAGGGCAUCGUGUAUUGUGGGCAGAUUAGAGCAUUGUUCGGUGCGUAUCUACCUUAUUUUCUCUAUUUUGAAGAGCUUCAUGUUCUGGCCGUGUUGUGCUCGUUGUGUGUUUCAGGGCUAGCUGUGUUGGAAAGCUUGACGUUGACGGCAGGCAUGGUGGUGUUGUUGUGGCUAGCCUGGCAGUCAGCCCAACACAUGAUUCCGCCUGUGUCAAAACUCCCAGAGUAA